GUCUGUGUGUCUACCCAUGGCCAGAUGAUUAGACUGUACUGUGAGUAUAGAGAUGUGACUGGCAUGACUCUUCCUUUGUGGUAUUUCAGGAACCCAGUUCCCCAAGGCCAAUGCCACCCAGGGAUGCCAAGCCAAAGUCAAAGAUCUCGGCUUCCCGCAAGCUUUCUCUCAAGAUACUGCUCCUGAGUCGGGCAAUGGAAGACCUGGAGCGAGAGAAGGCAGAGAGAGACGAAGAGAAAGUGCGCUACCUGGGCGAGAAACUGCCCCCACUGCAAAUGUCUGGCCUCCAAUUGGAUGAGCUACAGAAAAUCUGCAAACAGCUUCAUGCAAGAAUCGAUACAGUGGAUGAGGAACGGUAUGACUAUGAAGCAAAGGUUCUCAAGAACAAUAAAGAUAUCCACGAGCUGAAGCUGAAGAUCCAGGACCUGGGAGGGAAGUUUAAGAAGCCGGCCCUGAGGAAGGUGCGCGUAUCGGCAGACGAGAUGAUGCGCGCCCUGCUGGGCUCCAAGCACAAGGGCUCCAUGGACCUGCGUGCCAACCUCAAGUCCGUCAAGAAGGAGGACAUCAAACAGGAGAAGGUGCUCACCACUGAAGUCGGCGACUGGCGAAAGAACGUGGAGGCCAUGUCAGGAAUGGAGGGCAGGAAGAAGAUGUUUGAUGCAGCUGGUGGUGGGCAGUGA